GACAACUUGCACAGCAGACGAAAAAACAUAUUUAUAAACGUAUAAAUACAAACUGCAGGCACCGAAAACAAGUAUAUAACAUAAUAAUCCCAGUAUCCCACGCGCUCUAAAUUGUAGACUUUUCCACUCGUACAGAACAACUAUAGCCAUUAUGAAUUCGAAAGCCGCAAUUGUCGUUCUUGUCGCUGCAAGUGCGCAAGCAAUGUCGACACGACAAGCCAACACAACAACGGGAGUGCCAUAUAUCGAGAAUGCCGCUUUUGUGUGCGAAAAUUCAAACCAGGCUCAGUGUGUAGAAUUGGUAUUCUGCGAAUGGAUGGACUACUCAAUCAACCCCGAUUGCUUUGAGAAUGAGGACUUAGUUGAGCGCAUAAAUGAUAUUGCUUGUUAUUCAGCAACCGAGGCUACUUGCGCUACCGAUGUGCGUUGUGAAUGGGAUGACAACAAGUGUCAGGGACAACACGGUGCCGUGUCAGUUGUAAGUGAUAGCGACGGCAAGAUAAUGCUAGACACUACUGGCAUCACUGCACCCCCAGCAGGUAGUAUGUAUGUAGAAGUAGAAACUUUCUGCACCACAAUUCUAGACAAAACUACAUGUGAAGCGAACCAGUAUUGUGAAUUCGACGACGACUUGCUUGGCGAUAGUACAUGCAAGGGUGAUGAUGAUAAUGCAGAAGAUACCAACGACAUCGUAUGUGCUCCUCUCACCCCAAAAUUGUGUCUUGCCGAUCUGCGAUGCGAGCUGGACGAUAAUGUGUGCGAAGGUGGAGAUUCCAUCGGCAUCGCGCCUGCACCUUCAACCACACUCGUUUCAACCACACCCGUUUCAUCCAUACCCGUCACAACCACAGCAGCAACAACAACCAGCAUUCCUGCAGCAAGUAGCACGGAUGCAGUUGCUACAACUACAGAGGCGGUUGUCCCUGGUACACCUACACUUGUGGUGCCCGAGGUAAUUUGUGAGGCAUAUACGAAUCAGACCAUCUGUAAUGCAGUCGUUUUCUGUGAGUGGGACGGUGGACGAUGUGAGGCCGAUGACGAUACAGUAAAACUGAUCAAUGACGCUUCGUGUGUAAACCUCACCACCGAGGCUGCAUGUGAUGCCAACAUUACUUGCGACUGGGACGACACGUAUUGUGAAGGUAGUGAUGACGCGAUUUUGGUUAUCACCAAUGUCGAUGGCUCGAUCAGCGCCGUUAUGACUGGGGUAACAGUACCUGCCAACGGUACCUACCAGAAUGCUGACAAAUAUUGUGCGAUGAACUACAUCGAUGAGGUAGCCUGUGGUACAGACAAGUACUGCAAAUGGUACAAUGGCAUGUUGGGUGCCGAUGACAGGUGUGAGGCUGACGAUUCUCUCAUCGAGGCUGAAAAUACACCCCUAUGCGCUGCGAUGACAUUGACUUCGUGUGCCGCUGAUUUGAGGUGCGAGUACGAUGACGAGAAGUGCGAGGCGGUUGACGAUAUGAUCAUUGUAUAAUUCGGAAAUAAUGAUUCAGUAUACAUUUUUGAUUUUUAUUUGUAUCGUACAUAAAACACCUAUUUGUGAUUGACUACCUUAUUUGUGUACUACACUUGGUUGUGCGGCACUGUUCGACGAUGAUUAUGGUCGUGCCGAUAAUCACUUGGUCAUGCACAGUUCUGGUUCUUCAUAGAUAGAAAUUAAUGUUGUAGAAGUACUGGCACUACUAUUCUAUCAACAUCACUAAUUCAGAAAACGUAUACAUACAAGUGAUACAAAGUGCAGAAAAAUAAUUGUACACAUAUACAUUUACACACAAACAAACACAUAUCUAUAUAUACAUACACACGCAAACAAGUAUAUAUUUAUAUAUAUAUAUAUAAUAUAAGCAUACAAAUAAACACAUAUUAAUACAUCGGUAUAUAUUAGAGAAAUUAAACCAGAAAAACACAAGAAUACACCCACAUUAUAUAUAUAUAUAUAAAUAUAUAUAAAUACAAAAUAAACAUAUUAACACUUGCAUAUAUACAAUAUAAAUAUAUUAAUUCAUGCACGUUCAAAAAAACAUAUAUAAAUGAAAAUACACACAGACACAGACUCAUAUAUAUAUAUGUAUGUAUGGAUAUACAUGCAUGAAUACAUUUGCAAAUAUAUACAAAAUAUAAACAAGGCA